GAGGCUCGUUCAAGGGCGACGAAUGCGACGACGAGGACUCGUCGGCGCCAGACCCCGAUGCGUUUUACCUCGAGACGCGGACGGAUUUCUACGACAUCGGCAGCUCCGACGAGACCCUGGCCACGGAGGAAGUCGUGGGCCCGGAGCGCCACCUGGUGGAUACGGACACCUACUCGGACCUGGCCCUGGCGCUGGAGCAGGCGGAGUCCGACAUGAAGGACACGCUGCGCGGGCCGCGCAAGCGGAUGGUCUGGGAGGUCUUCGCGGAUCAGGGGGCUCUGUCGCAAGAGCUCCUCGAGUACCCGCAGAUCGAGGUGCUCGAAUUCAGGAUCGAAGACGGCUGGGACUUCUCCAAGCCUGCCGUGAUCCGCGACUUCCUGAACAAGAUCGACAACGACAAGCCCGACGAUAUCUUCGUCGCUCCCCCGUGCAAGUACUGGUUGGGAGCGAAGUACACGAUCAAGGGCAAGGACAUGCCCUACCAGAAGCCCACGAGACUGCAGUCAAACAACAAGGCUCAGAACUACCCAAAACCGAUGGCAAAGAGGAUGGCCUACCUGAUCGCCUACCAGGGCAUGGCCGACGGCAUCAGCAACAUCAACACGGCCGAGGAGAUCUACAAGGACAUCGACGCCAUCGAGUACACCGACGUGAUGCAGGAGCUGAUGAAGCGGUUCAGCGUAUCGACAAUCCGAGCAGUCAAGCGCGCUCACGUCAGGCUGGGCCAUCCUUCGAACGCCGCGCUGGCGGUUGCCAUGCAGCAUGCGGGUGCCCCGGCGGAGUGGAUCCAGUGCGCCAGGCUUUUGCAGUGCGAGAUCUGCCUAGGCAUAGGCCCCGAGCAGUUCGUGUCGCAGUGCUGCCGAGGGCCAAGAGGUUCAACGAAGUGGUCUGCACCGACGUGUACUACAUCACGUGGAAAAAGAAGGAGGAAGAUCCUGGCCAUCAUGGACGAGUUUACACGCUACGAGGUCAACUACCCGAUCUCGAAGGAGAUGUUUCAGAAGGAGACGAAGCUAUGGGAGAAGCUCUGGAUCAGUUGGGCCGGCAAGCCCGAGACGACGCGGAUGGACAUGGGAGCCUCGCACACGGCCAAGCGCAUGCACGACUGGAUGAAAAAGUAUAGCAUCAAGCUCGACCUGAUCCCGAAAGGCGCGCACCACAUGUUGGGCCUGACGGAGCGGAACCACGCGCGGAGCACCCUGAGGAACGCGCGCGGGUUCUCGCCCGCGGUGCUGGUGUUGGGGGCGCACUCCAAGAUCCCAGGCGCCCUCUGCGAUGAGGACUUCGGCCUGUCGGAGCAGGCCGCGCUGGUUGACCCCAAGAGCGAGGUGAACGAGAUGAUGAUCAGGAACUACGAGAUCGGCGAGUGGGUCUACUUCUGGCGACCAGAGCAGACGCAGGAGCUGGAGAAGUACAACUGGCACGGACGCAGCGAGGACCCCGACAGCCCGCUCAGCACGAUCGAGAAGCUCAGGCGCGUGCUCAGGCGGACAAAGGGGACCUGCAACUACCGGGACCUCGCCGAGGAGGGGCGCUUGCCCCAGUACGACGACACCCUGGACGACAUGGGCGAGCAGCAUCAGCCCACCGCCCGGGCACCCAUGGAGACGGACGAGACCGACAGACCGACAGGAGCAGCUGCCGCGGCGGCACCUGGAGACGACGGGCCAGCAGCGGCCAGCGCCGGCGCGUCUGGCAGCGCUGCGCAGGAGCCUAGCAGACUCCACAUCGAGGCGAUGGCUAAGAGGAGUGUCGAGGAGGCUGAGAAGCUGGACGGCAUCCCGCUGGCCAAGCGCGCCCGCCUGGCAUGGGCAAAGCAUGUCUCGCAGAGCGAGGAGGCUGCGCUCGCCGAUGAGGUGGAUGACGGGAUGUUGCUGCUGGAGGAGUCCACCGAGACGGUCUACAUGCUGGCCUUCAAGAGGGAAGCCCCCACUAUCGUGGAGGGGAGGCUGACGCCUGAGGAGAAGGACCAGUUCUACGCGGAGAAACUGGAGGCCCUCGAGGUUUUCAAUCGCAACGACGGCUGGGGGCCCAUCAACGACGCGGAUGUGGAUCCCGCAGCCUGCUGCCCUCUACGCUUCCUACUCAAGUGGAAGAUGAAGAACGGGCAGAAGGUAGCCAACGCGCGUGUACUCUACCAGGGGGUGAAGCACAGCCACGUCGCCGAGGGCCAGCUCGACAAGGAGGCGCCGAUCCUCAGCAGGCUUGGCCGACACACGGUCAUGCUCUGGGCGUCUCUGAGAAAAUGGAGGCUGUUCACCGCGGAUAUGAAGUCCGCUUUCCUGCAGGCUGAGGACGUGAGCGUGCACGGCCUUAAGCUGCACGCAAGCCCGACGAAGGAGAUGAGAGAGAAGAUCAAGCCGUGCUUCGGUGACCCGCGGUCACCCAAGCUCUGGCACUACCGCUCCGACGAAGUCACGAAGGAGAUCGGGCUCAGGAACCACAAGCUCGAGCACGUGGACGACUUCAUCGCUUGCGGCGAGGGCGUGACGAACGAACAGGACCUCCACGCGAAGCUUGACGACACCGAGUGUUUCCAGGCGCGGCUAGGUGCGCUCAAUGAGAAGUUCAAGUUCGGCAAGUGGGAGCUCACGAACUUCAGGCCCCUGAACGGACAGUUGCAGUGGCCGGCAGCCCAAGGAGUGAUCAUAGCAGCGGCAAACGUGUCAGGACGAGCCAUCGUGCAGGACUUGCUGGACGCGAACAAGGAUCUGCGCUUUCUGCAGGCCAACGCGGACGUAGGGCUGUUCUUCGGGUUCGACAGGGCCUGGAGCGACCUGCGAGUUGGCAGCUACACCGACGCGAGCUGGGCGAGCCGACAUGACGGCAGUUCGCAACGAGGCUACGCGAUCUUCAUCGGGCCCGCGGACGAACUCAACGCCGGCACCCCGACGCAUUUCGUGGCCUUGGAGUGGGCCUCGAAGAUGUUACAGCGUCUGUGCAGGAGCUCGCUGUCGGCGGAGGCCCAGGCAGCAGCUUUGGGCGCGGACUCGCUGAUGUGGGUGAAGGUCUACCUGGCGCGGAGCUUGCGACCCGACCUGGAGCUCGAAGGAGCGAUGGUGUACCUUGGAGAGUCGCCGUUCACCACGGACGCGAAGUGCCAUUACGACGCGUCGCGCUCAGCGACGGCAGGCCUGGGCAUCGCGGAGAAGAGGGCGGCCAUCGAGGUGAGGAUCGUGAACGAGCAGAUGGCGGAGAUGGGCGCCUCCUGGAAGUGGGUGAACACACAGCAGCAGAUGGCGGACGGGCUCGUAAUCGGAAUAUCCAUGCUGACGGCACUGCACGACACCCUCGAGGCGACGCCCGUGACAGAGGCGAAGGAGGAAACGAAGGCCAAGGGCAAGCGCCAUUUCGGCGCAAGUAACAGAGCGAAGCUGGCUGCGGCACUGGCAGCUAGCGGAGGCGGUAGCGCGGCAGGUCAGGUGGUACGGUAUACGCCCAGCGGCGUCGAGCUGUUCAACCCACCGACGCCAGCCGACUGGCACGACCUGAUCAUGAAGAUGAUAGUUUUCGGUUUCGUGAUGGGACUUGUUGUGGCAUUGUACUGCGGGUUUCGUGCUGGAGUGCGGUGGACACGCUGGACCAAGCAGCUCGAGAAUGACACGAAGAUCGAGAAAACGCGGGAGCCCGAGACAAAGCCAAUACCCGUCAAGGUCAAGACGACCGUGACCGGGACCGACCCGAAGCCGACGAAGCAGAAGAAGGUACGCAGCGUGCUCGUCCAGUCGCAGUGUCGCUACAAUCUGGAUCUCAGCACGCCGAGGUUCCAGCCGCUGCCCGAGUACGCCCGCGGAAGCCAGUUUGGCAGGAUGAUCGGCGAGGCCGACAGGUGGAUGACGGCCAGCAGGGCCGACGUGAACAAGCUGGCCGGCGGAGGCCGACUCGUGGCUGAGUGCUCCGAGGAGCACACCCUCUGCACGUUUCUGCCCGGCGAGGUCGACCGAUCGCCCGGCGUGCUGACAAAUCAAAGAGAUAUCAAUGUCGCUGUCGCGACCGCCGGUGAGUCUCACAUUCGAGUCAGACUGGCUUGUGCAGGGGACCCGCGGUGUUUGUGA